GUCCCGUGCAGCGCCCGCGGCGUCGACGUCGAGAGUGACAGUUACAUAAGCGAGGUAAAGAGUGUAAUGGUGAUGCUGAGCGCGUUGCAUUCACCGACAAAGGUCACGGCUCUCUCGCUGACGCAACGCUCGCGCCGCCGUCGCCGUGUUAGUUGGUCGCGGUCGCGUGCAAAGAGCCGUCGGGAGAUUCGCGCGAUUUUUAUUAAAUUUUCGACGCUUACUUAUCAACUGUCGGAUAUUUCCCGCUGGAAUUUUCUCCGGAACCGAUGACCGCUGGCGAGCUGCCAGGCGCCCGGUGCAUUGUUGGCCCGCCAUGUUUAGUAAAUUAAUAUCGGUAUAGUGCAGCCAGCGUACUGCAAGUUUUAACUCCCCCGACUUGGUGAUUGGUAACAUACUACGGGUUCAUAUUUUAUAGCGUCCGCUGUGUCCGGUGUCGGAUACUUUGCAAAGUUAUUCUAUUUGUCUGUAGUGUGAACUUUUGCUUAGUGUUUAAAGUUUGAACCGAAACCAGUGUUCACAUCACGUAGGAUAUUGUAUACGUGAUGUAUUAAGUACGUAUUUGUAGAUAAGUGCGCGUGCAAAAGUACAGAGUCAGUGUUUUUGCAGUGUAGCGGUCACGUGUGAGUGUUGGAGGUUGCAGUGUCGGCGGCGAAGUGACGGGCGAGUUGUUGAGCGAACGCGACGAGUGCCGAGUGUAAACACGCGGAGUUGAUGAAAUCUCCGGCCGUCAAGGUUUAUUCAUGCUCUUGGAUUGACACGUUUAGCGUUGUCGGCAUUUAACUGAACGGUAAGGGUUGCUCUGGCAUGCUGUAGGAACCAGGUCACGUGUGCACGUGAUGAGGUGCCUGUGAUGUGAGUGGUGCUGUCGGGCAGCGGUCCUGUGUCUGUGUGCGUGCGAUGUGGGUGUCGCUGCUGGUGUGCGUGUGGGGCGUGGCGGGGGGCGCGCGGGGCGAGGGCGGGGCGGCGGGGCGGCGCGCGGGGGCCACCUACCACAACCAGUUCGCGGUGCACGUGCCUGCGGGCGCGCACCACGCGGACGACAUCGCCGCGCGCCUCGGCUACGUCAACCAUGGACAGAUUGGAUCCCUGAAGGGAUACUAUUUGUUGGAACAUCACACAAUAAGCAAGAGGUCUGCAGAGCCGAGCCACGAGCACCAUCGACUAUUGAAUGAGGAGCCGCAGGUCCGAUGGGUGCAACAGCAGCGCGAGCGGCGGCGCGUGAAGCGCGACUACUCGUACGACGGCGCGCUGUGGUCGCAGCUGUCGCGGCGGCUGCCUGCGCACCGCACGCACCAUCGCGCGCUCGCCUCCUCGCCCUUCUUCCCCGACCCGCUGUUCAAGGAGCAGUGGUACUUGAAUGGAGGUGCCAAAGACGGGCUAGAUAUGAACGUAGCGCCUGCGUGGCAGAAAGGAUACACUGGGAAAGGAGUAGUGGUUUCCAUACUCGACGAUGGAAUCCAAACCAACCACCCAGAUCUUGCACAGAAUUAUGAUCCCAAUGCAUCCACUGAUAUAAACGGAAACGAUGAAGAUCCAAUGCCCCAAGACAAUGGUGACAAUAAACACGGUACAAGAUGCGCGGGUGAAGUGGCUGGUGUGGCCUUCAACCAGUACUGCGGCGUCGGUAUAGCGUACAACGCCAGUAUAGGCGGAGUCAGGAUGCUGGACGGAGUAGUCAAUGACGCAGUGGAAGCUAGAGCCCUGGGGCUUAAUCCCGAUCACAUUGAUAUUUACAGUGCAUCGUGGGGCCCUGAAGAUGACGGGAAAACUGUAGAUGGUCCUGGGCCUUUAGCUAGGAGAGCAUUUAUUUAUGGAGUAACAAGCGGUCGAAGAGGCAAAGGAUCUAUAUUUGUGUGGGCCUCAGGAAACGGUGGGAGGCAUACUGAUUCGUGUAACUGUGAUGGUUACACAAAUAGUAUAUUUACUCUUUCAAUAUCGAGUGCCACUCAGGGCGGGUACAAGCCGUGGUACUUAGAAGAAUGCUCCUCGACUUUAGCUACAACUUACAGCUCCGGAACGCCUGGACAUGAUAAGAGUGUAGCAACUGUCGAUAUGGACGGAAGGUUGCGACCUGAUCACAUAUGUACUGUAGAACACACGGGAACCUCGGCCUCCGCCCCGCUGGCUGCCGGGAUCUGUGCUUUAGCUUUAGAAGCCAAUCCUGAAUUAACCUGGAGAGAUUUGCAGUACCUCGUUGUAAUGACAUCUAGAUCAGAACCAUUAGAGAAAGAAAGCGGAUGGGUUGUAAAUGGCGUAAAGAGGAAAGUUAGUCACAAAUUUGGUUACGGAUUAAUGGACGCUUCACAAAUGGUCUCACUAGCGGAACAGUGGGUGAAUGUUCCAUCACAACACAUUUGUAAAUCACAAGAAAUAAACGAAGAUAAACAGAUUGAUCCUUCUUUCGGUUAUACGUUAAAUGCUCACAUGGAUGUAAAUGGCUGCAGUGGAACAGUUAAUGAAGUACGUUUCCUUGAACAUGUUCAAUGUAAAAUCUCAUUGAGAUUCUUCCCUAGAGGAAAUUUAAAGAUAUUACUGACAUCUCCGAUGGGAACCACGUCCACUUUACUUUUUGAACGACCACGAGAUGUUGUUAGUGCAAACUUCGAUGAUUGGCCCUUCUUGAGUGUUCAUUACUGGGGUGAGCGAGCAGAAGGUAGAUGGAAUUUGCAAGUCAUCAAUGGUGGUAACAGACACGUGAACCAACCUGGUAUACUGAAGAAAUGGCAGUUAAUCUUCUAUGGUACGGCAAUCGAUCCGGUUAGAUCACGAACAAAGAAACCGGUGCAGCCUACAUUUGCCUUUCCCACCACAGCAGAUGGUUACGUAGGCAUCGGAGACUCUUACUACAAUACUGACCAAUUUUCAAGUUACCAAAACUUCCCGUCUCUAUUCGCUGCCGGAUCAGACCCAGAGAAAUCUGUUGCUGCUCUAGACGGACAAAACAUCCCUCUUCCUCAAGGGCACAGCGUCCUCGCUGAUUCCAACGAUAGAAAAGUCCAACACGACUGCGAUCCAGAAUGUGAUGGCCAAGGAUGCUACGGGAAGGGGCCAAAUCAGUGCAUAGCGUGUAAGCACUACCGACUAGACGAUGCCUGCGUAUCUCGCUGUCCCCCUAGAAGUUUCGCAAACCAAGGAGGAGUAUGCUGGCCUUGCCAUGAAUCUUGUGAAACUUGUGUCGGUGCAGGCCAGGACUCGUGUUUAACUUGUGCUCCGGCGCACAUGCUAGUGGCUGACUUGGCAGUGUGUCUACAGCAGUGUCCAGACGGCUAUUGGGAAGAUACGGAAGCGUCGACUUGCAGGCCUUGCGCAGCUCACUGCGCCACCUGUUCGGAAAGUGCCGAUAUGUGCACAUCAUGCGAGCAUCAUUUGGUCCUCCACGGGGGUACCUGCCUCGCUUCCUGUCCUCCCUCGUACUACGAGACAGAUGACUACUCCUGCGCUAAGUGUCACGUGACAUGCGACACGUGUGAAGGAUCCGGGGAAGCCCAGUGUGUGACUUGCCAUCCGGCCACGUACUCACUUGAAGGCAGAUGUGUCCCGACCUGCCCGAGCGGUUACUACGCUGAUAAGAAGAGGAAGGAGUGCAUGAAGUGCGGAAACGGCUGCGCCACCUGCACAAGUGCCUUCUGUUUGACUUGCGAGCCUUCGUAUGAGUUGAACAAGAAGGGUAAAUGUGUUCUGAUUGGCUCCGAGCAUUGCGCCGCCAACGAGUUUAGCGAUACCGGCCGCUGCAGGAAAUGUCACUCGAACUGCGAAACUUGCUUCGGCGAAACUGACAAACAGUGUCUGACGUGCCCCUCGCCGAUGCUACUUGAGGAUAAUGAAUGUCUGUCAGAAUGCAAGCGCGGCUUCUACGCCGAAGCGGGCCGCUGCGCGCGCUGCGUGCACGGCUGUUCAACCUGCGCAUCCCGUCUAAACUGCACCGCCUGUGCCGGCUCCCUACGCCUGCAGUCCGGCGCCUGUCGCACUUCCUGUGCUGAUGGAUACUACGCGGACCGAGGGACCUGUGCCAAGUGCUACCUGUCGUGCAGGACCUGCAGCGGGCCGAGAAGGGACCAGUGCGCGUCGUGCCCGUCAGGGUGGAGACUGGCGGCUGGAGAGUGCCAUCCGGAGUGUCCGCAGGGCUUCUACCCGACUCUCGACGGAUGCCGGCACUGCCACCACUACUGCCGCGAGUGCUCGGACUCGGGCCCGCUCAAGUGCACCUCCUGCCCGCCGCGCUUCAUGCUGGACGGGGGCCUCUGCAUGGAGUGUCUCGGCUCGCAGUACUACGAUGCCGCCAGCGAGACCUGCAAGGCUUGUGACGCGACUUGCAGGACUUGUCUGGGGCCCGGACAGUUCAGUUGCACGGGAUGCUCGAUGCCGAAUAAGCUGGAUCGAUUGAACAAUCAGUGCGUGCCGUGCUGCAGUAACUCCACGGCCGGGCGCGAUUGCUGUCAUUGUAAUGUGGAAACAGGUGACUGCAUAAACUCGUCGCCGGCGGGCAAGCGGCGCAUCGCGGAGCCGAGCGCGCUCCGCGCCGCGACCGCGCAGCAGCCGGCCGCGGCCAGCGCAGGCGCCGCCGUCGUGGCCGUCGCAGCCGUCGCCGCCACGCUCUUCCUAUUAGUGCUGCUGGCUUUACAGGCUCGCAGCGGCCGGCGGGAUCCGCAGAGCGAGAGAGCCAAAGGGGUAGUGUACAGCCCUCUCGCUUGCGCCGAUGACGCUGACGUAGCAGUGCUGACGUCACGUAACGCGUUCCCGACUCGUGACGGGGAAGAAGAAUCACUGUUAGAACACUGCACAUAGCAAAGCGAGCGAGCGGCGUGACGCACGGGAAACGCACAUGAUUAAUGGUAUAGUUGCUCCUUAAAAAGGAACUUAUUCGUGUGAAGCAGUGAUUCCCGUCGAUCACUCACGGCAUUUCACAGUUUGUUGAAAUUACGAUGUUAAUAUACGCUGUGAAAGGUUUUUAAACGUCGCUAGAGUAAUACGGCCUCUUCACAUAGGACAACGCGCUCGCCAAACCACUGGCCCAAUGUGUAGAACAGGCUUUGGCGCAUUUGCGGUAGGUAUUUGAACGUUGGCCGGCGCGUUUGCGAGCUUGCGUGGUGUCGGCAACAUCAAAGGACACUUGUCGCAA